AAAUGGGGAUUUGGGUAACAGUGUGUGGCGGGUUCCCUGUCUUGCUCUUUCUCUUCUUCUCUAAGAAAUUAAAGCGCUUAUUAUAACCCUAUCAGUAUUUGCAGAUACAAAGUUUGACGCAGUAAUGUAAAAUUGCGUGUGUGUAACUGUUUGCUACUCUGGGAGCGUCAUGAUUAAACAUUUCUGUACUUAAUUUUUCCCAGUCUUUCUGCGUUUGUAGCUGUAAAAAACCCUAAGUAACUACAAUAAUUUGCGUUGCAAUGGAACAUCGUCACGUAGAAUCAGAUGGUGGAGAUGUAUCUUCAGCCAAAGCAGUUCUCCUUGGAGCUUUAGCCCCUGGUGUUAACGGUCCUACGUGGAUUACUUUAAAGUCAACAUUUUUAUUGCUCGGUCUCUGUCUUGCUGUUAUGCUGGCCUUAGCAUUCUCUUCCAGUGAUUCAUGGUUGAUGUUCCAUGUUGCAUUCCUUGUUCUAAUUUGCCUUACCCUCUUCUUACUUCUCAGCUGGUUUCUUGCACAAACUGGGUUAGUCUCUAUUGAACAUCAAAUGCGUGAGAUGGGCUUAGAGCAUACGGAUCCUCUAGAAAACCUGAAAAGCAAAUAACUAUUUCUUAUAUUAUGCAUGAAAUUGGGAGAAACUUCAGUUGAAGUCCUUCAUGAUGACUUGGACAGCAACCAAAUGUUCCAGAUUUAAUAGAAGAGAAAUCUACUUCCUGAAGGUUUAUCCUCUGUUAGUCACUCUUGGUUUCCUUCACUUUAUGUUUCUCUUUAACAGGUCCAAUGAAACAGAGGCAUGAUCUGGGAAACUCUGACAAGAACUUAAUUCCAUUCAUGAUUUGCUGUCAUGAUCUACUUAGGCUUAAUUUUGAUGCUUUUUUUUUUGUUUCUCCAUUUUUGUAUUCCCCAAGGGGCAUAAAUUUUCUUCUGUUAUAAUGAUUUUAUUCUUUCUUGCUAAAUUAGACGUGUGACAAAGUUUAGAUCUUUUUCCUCUCACUCACAGGUAUUUGCGCGUUUGAUCAAAUAUAAACAUACUAAAUAUUAAUGCACAGUAUCUGAGAUU